AUGUUUUUGGAGCAUGAUGUAAUAUAUGUGUCUGUGUCAGUGAGAAGUCCUAGGUGUGUGAAUGAGGUAGUUCAGAUGAUUAAUGUUGAUGAAGAUGGGGUUGAGGGGUUGGGGGACAGUGAAUAUGAACGAGCCACUGCUUUGCUUAAUGGGUUUGAAGAUAUUGAUGUCACCAUACCUGUAAAUGAAGCACCAUCACUAUCUGGAUUUAUGAGAGCUUCUAAAAAGACAAAAUUGGAAGAUGAUGAUGUGUAUGUCAGUGAUGACCUGGAUAGCUCUGAUCCUGAUAUGUCAGAUGAUGGGAAGAUGCCAAAGAUUGAAAAGUUUAGGAAAGAGCAUUUCAACAAGAAUUAUAAAUUUCAGUGGGGUAUGGAAUUCAAUUCACUUGAUGACUUUAUAGAGGCAAUACGUGAGUGGUCGGUUUUGAAUGGUAGAGAAAUUACCUUUGUGAAAAAUGAGAGUUACAGGGUAAGGGUAGAAUGUAGGGUCAAAUGUGGUUUUUUAAUACUUUGCUCUAAAGUGGGCCACAAACACAUUUAUGCUAUAAAAACCAUAGUGGACAAACAUACAUGUGCUAGGGUUUUAGAAAAUAUAUCUGCAAGCUCUAGUUGGGUGGCUAAGGCUGUGGUAAAGAAGAUACAAACAUCUGACAAUGUAAGGAUCUGUGAUAUAAUACAAGAUAUGAGGCAGAAUUUCUCUGUUGAAAUUACUGUGGGUAGGGCAUGGAAGGCUAUGCUUAUAGCAAAGAGGAUUAUAGAAGGUUUUAUUAAUGGUUGUAGACCAUUUGUUGGAGUAGAUGGUUGUCAUCUGAAAAUCAAAUAUGGGGGCCAAUUACUUAUUGCUGUAGGUAGGGACCCCAAUGACCAAUACUUUCCUCUAGCAUUUGGGGUGGUUGUGACAGAAACUAGGGACAGUUGA